AGAAAAUGAUUUGAUUUGACACUGAAGAUGAUUUGACACUUUCUUGGAAAUCAUGUGACCUUCAUAAAUGGGUGUUGCUCAUGGAUAAAUACUACUGCAGAUCAUCCUGUUUGCAAAUACAUGAAGUGUGUCAGAGAAAGAAGCACAUGUAAAAGCAACAAUUUCUUGGUCAACUUGAAGAUUCUAAGACUCGGAACCAGUCAUGGCAGAUUCUACUGAAGGACAGAACAUGGCCAGUUUAGGACCAGAAUUACUCAAACAUACAUCAAUCAUCAAACAAAGUAGUGUAAUAGCGGAGGGGACUCCUACUCGAUACCGUCUGAAACCAACAACAGACUCUCAUGAUGAAUCUGAGCCUUAUAGAAAAAUGACCUUUGGACAGAGAGACAGAAACAAACCCCAUAAAAUCAUUCUGAUGGUGGGAGAAACAGGAACAGGAAAAACAACCCUGAUCAAUGUGAUGAUCAACUACAUGUUGGGUGUUCAGAGAGAAGACAAGGUUUGGUUUGAGAUCACAGAUGAUCAGAGUGACCGAACAUCAGUUCACAGUCAGACCUCCAGAAUCACUGUUUAUGGGUUUUAUCUACAAGAGAGUCCAGUCGAUUUAACAAUCAUUGACACACCAGGGUAUGAAGACAUCCAUCUUGAUAAAGAGAUCGCUACAGGUUUGCUUAGUUUAAGUGAUUCUGAUGAAGGGAUUCAUGAAAUAGAUGCAGUGUGUCUGGUGGUUAAAGCAACUCAGACUCGACUCUCUGACAGACAAAUGUACAUAUUUGAUGCUGUUCAGUCUUUAUUUGGAAGAGAUUUUGCUGAAAACAUUGUCCUGCUCUUCACACACUCACGUGGAGCUAUUCCUAAAAAUGUCAUGACGGCUGUUGAAGAGGCUAAAAUCAAGUGUGCAGUGAAUGACAAGAAUCAGCCAGUGUAUUUCCUGUUUGACAACUGUCAGUCAGAAGCUGCUGCUGAAGAAUAUGAAAUACUGGAACAGCCAUGGAAUCUCAGUUUUAAAGGAAUGACAGGAUUUUUCAAAUUUCUUGACAACAUAAAACCAAAAACCCUGAAGAUGACUCGAGAUGUUUUGCUACAACGGAAGCAGAUGGAGGCAAAUAUUUCCAGUUUACAAUCACAUGUUCAAAAGAUGGAACUAAAGAAAAAUGAGCUGAAACAAACUCAAGAAGCUCUGGAGCAGAAGAAGGAAUAUGUCAAGAACAAUAAGAACUUUGAAUAUGAAGUUGAAGUGGUCUAUAAAGAGAAGGUUGAUAUUGAUCCGUCUGUAUCUAGCAUGGCGAUGUGCUGCACCGUCUGUGAGGAGAACUGUCAUUAUCCAGGAUGCUGGUGGAUCAGUGGUCUCUCAAAUUGCAGCAUGAUAAAAGACAAUCACUGUACAGUGUGUCCAAAUAAAUGCCACUAUAAAGAACAUGUCAAAGGAGCAAAAAUAUAUAAAACAAAGACAAAGAUAGAGAAGAGGGCAAACGAAGAUUUAAAUAAGGAAUAUUGUGGUAAGAUUGGUGACAAUGUGUCUUUGGUCAAAGAGCUGGAAGAAGAACUUCAAGAAUUAGAGAUAAAGAAAAUAAAGCUGGUGAUCGAAACGUUUGACUAUGUGGAAACUCUGCAGAUGAUCGCAAUCAAUGCUGAUUCUGUGUUCACACUUCAGCACAUUGAUUUUCUGAUUGAGGAGAUGAAGGAAAUAAAUGAACCUGAAAAGGCUGAAACACUGAAGAACAUCAAAGAGAGAGCAGGAGGAGUGCUGGAAUACAUGAAGAAAUGCAGAAAAUCAGAACAUCAGAACAUUUUACCCUGAAUAUGUCUUAUGUGAUAAAAUACUAUAUUAUCAUUGUAUUCAAUGUGUACAUAUAUGCAUAAUUUGUGAGUUUGACACAAAUUUUUGUGAUGUUCACAGAAUAUUUGUUACUAAUUUGCCUCUUGAAUAUUGAAAGUCUCUCUUGAAAGGCUGUCGCACAAUAUUUUAACAAUGUUGUAAAUUGCUUUUAUUGCAUCUUGUGUUUUUGCUCACUAUAGACAUAUGGGCAGUAUUUCAAUUAAAUGUAUUUAAAAUAUGUAUUACUUUUGAGUAUAUUGUAAUUUGUAUUUUGCUGGAAAAAAACAUAAUCAGAUGUAA